AUGGUGAAGAAGAAAGUGUAAGUUAUAAUAACUUACAGUAAUAUAUUCGUUUAGUUAUUUUACAGUAACUUACUUGCAUUUUGUGUAACUUAUUUCUAUUUUUAUCAACACUAAGUUUUCUACUAUUAUCACAAAGUUACAGUAAUUUUUCACCUUUUUUAUAUUACACUAGUCUUCUAUUUCUUCUUUUCGUUAUAAAAACCUUGUUUUUAGAGCGAAUAAAGGCAAGGUGCUCCAACUAAAGAAGAAUCACCUGCCUGACGUAGAAAUGAACAGAUACGAGAUCCGUUUCGUAUUUUAUGUCCGUGAAGAUGAAUAUAAUGACGAUGCCAUUGAAGUAAGUUGGGCAAAAUUCAUUUUUUCCUUGGUUUAUGACAAAAAGUUGUCAUAACAUUUUGAUUUUGUUAUUACUGAAGGUAAUAGUUAUAUUUUAGAUAAAUUUAUUGGCUUUCUAUUAAAUUUCAUGCAAAAAACUUGAAUUUUGAGUGGAAUUUCCUUUCCAUUUUUGAUUCUAAAAUCGAUAAAAGUUUGUGGCAUUUCGCUUCCUUAUUUUUACAAAAUUUUGUCCAAAUUAUUUGCAAAAAUAAAUUUUCUGAUUGAAAGAAUAUUAUUUUAGGUGUUUUUAAACUUCGAAAACGAGUUUAAACAUGAUCUUUUCAGGAAGAAGCCAUUAAUUUGUUAACUCAAGAGCUGUUCUCUCAGAUCGAAGUCUUUAAAUCAGGAGAAGAUCAAGAACAGAGCCAAGAAUCUGAGCAGAGGGAUUGUGGAGGUUACCUAAAAGAAGAUCCACCAGAAAAUGACAAUACUUCUCUCACAAAUCGACUGAAUAAGGCUUUGGAUCAGUGGAUAUCAGAGAAAAAAUCUCGAGAAUUGGCUCUCCAUAACAACGAAUCUGAUGUCAAACGGAGAUUGUACAACUUUUCUAGGUACAGCGAUGAUCAAGCCGAUAUUUACAAUGACUACUAUUAUGGUAAGGCUGGGAUUUAUGAUGUUAGAGGUGGUCGAUAUGAUGAUGUUACUCAAGACAACACAACAGCUUGCCUUACAAUGCCUGUUCGAGAGAAGUUUGACAAUCUGAUGGCAAAUGGACGAAUUGUUACCCAAAAUUUGAUAGGACAAAGUGUCACGGAUGAUUUUAUCAGACAGAAUGUAAAUUACGAAAAGAGCGAUGAUGAAGAUGACAGUGAGGACACUUUGGUCGAUGAGACAUGUAAACAAAGUUGUUGCUCAAAGUGUGAUUUGUACGAUGAAUUGUAUCCAAACGCGUCUGAUGCUUCUGAAUUGGGGAAGAACACGAAUACAAGUCAAAUACUAUCAGAUCCUAGCCUUAUAUUACAAUCGAACAAGAUGCCUUCAGCAGGCAGCCAGUUUCUUCCAGGAUCAAACAAGCUGGCUUCACAGUUCAACCGGGUGUUGAUGGAAUCAAGGGAAGUACCUCCAGAAUCCAGCCAGUUUAUUUUAGACUCAAGCGAGGCACAUCUACAAUUUUGUCGACCACUGAAAGUUGUGAAAUCAACAGGAUCAAGCCAAUCGAGUUAUCCAUGUUCACAAUGUAUCUAUGAAGGUUAUAAUGAUGACUGUGGUUCUACUGAAGGUUGUAGUACAAAAGACCGCAGAUAUGGGAUAUUUGAAAAUAGUGACGUUAAACAGUGUGACAUUGACAGUUGCAAUUCUGAAUGCUGUAAAGUUCAAGAUUACAUUUUUAAAGAUGGUUACGUUGAGGAUUGUAGCGUAGAAGACAUUUCGGAUUCUGUACUUGAGAUGAUGAAGAUGAUAAGGGGAUCCAAUUACCGUAACGAAUGGACUGAAAGAGUAGAGAGGCUGAAGAGCGAAGAGAGUGCAGAGAAAAAACAGUUCCGACGAGAGAGCUUGGAAGAAGAGGAGGAAUCAGACAAUCCGUUUCUUGCGGCUUCAGAAUCCUCGUUUGAUCAACUUUCGAAAAGGUAAUUAAAUGUUACAAUUGACAAACGUUACAGUGAAGAGGAACCGGUUUCAUGCUUAUCAUGGCAAUUAAGGGUUUGAAGCCUAUGGUAAUUAUGUUAUUUUAGUGAUUUGGCUACGGUGGAUUACUCUGACUUCACCGUGGAGUCUAGCCAAUCCAACUGGAACAGAAUGGCAGCCGGCUGUGAUUGGAUUCACCUAGAAGCACCGGAUUCAGAAGGCGAAGAGUUCAAGGACUGCCAUGACUACUUUACACAGCCGUUGCAUUCUCUUUCUACGUCUACCUAA